GGGGUGAAGAGGAGUAAGAUUUCACAGCAACUUUACAAACCCUUCCCUGAGGGUGGAGCAAGGACCAAGCCCAGCGCUCCUGCGGGCGGGGGCACCCCAAACAGUGCACCCCACCCCCGCUUCGUCGCCAACCCAUAGCUUGCGCGGUUUGUUCGUCUGCGGAGGUGGGAUGUGUGGAGCCGGGAGUCCUGGGGGAGAAAAGGGAAGAUGCAGAAGAUGGCAUAGCAACGGAAGCAACCUUCCACCCAACUGGGGUCCCUCUGUGCUCUGCAGCUGGACUGAUGUGAGGCUUUUGUUUUGGACUGAAGGAGCUUGUCCACAGCUUGACCUGAAAGCCAUUCUCUCCUAAUUCAUGAGCCAGCAGGAUGUGGUCGUCGUGCUUUCAGAACGCCUUCUCAUAGCUGCAUACAAAGGGCAAGUGGAUAAUGUGGUGCAGCUUAUCAACAAGGGUGCCAAGGUAGCCGUUACCAAGCAUGGGCGGACACCUCUCCAUCUUGCGGCUUACAAGGGUCACCUUCGGGUUGUCCAGGUUCUUCUCAAAGCAGGCUGUGAUGUGGAUCUUCAGGAUGAUCCCUUAUUGGAAUCCUGAUGCCAUCUCUGAUUGGUCAAUGAGUGUUCACACAGCACAUACCUCAGAAAUAGUCGAGGGGAAAGUGGGCCUGGUAAAAGAAGUCAAGGAAGAAAAAGAUAAGAGAAAACUGAGGAGAAAGGCUAGAAAAGAUCCUAGAAGAUUGCAAAGAGAGAAGGAGGGUGACCAGACAGCUUUGCACCGAGCUACUGUUGUAGGGAACACAGAUAUAAUAGCAGCUCUUAUCCAUGAAGGGUGUGCUUUGGACAGACAGGACAAGGAUGGGAACACAGCUCUCCAUGAAGCCUCUUGGCAUGGAUUCAGUCAGUCCGCCAAACUGCUUGUUAAAGCAGGGGCUAAUGUUCUUGCCAGAAACAAGGCAGGUAACACGCCACUUCACUUGGCUUGCCAAAACAGUCAUUCUCAAAGUGUCCGGGUUCUGCUGCUUGGAGGCUCUCAGGCAGAUAUAAAAAACAAUGCAGGAGAUACCUGUUUGCAUGUUGCAGCUCGUUAUAAUCACUUACCCAUCAUUAGGGUGCUCCUCAGUGCUUUCUGUUCUGUCCAUGAAAAAAAUCAGGCUGGUGAUACAGCACUUCAUGUUGCUGCUGCGCUAAAUCAUAAGAAGGUGGUCAAACUGUUGUUGGAGGCAGGAGCUGAUGGGACAGUAGUCAACAAUGCUGGUCAGACUCCACUAGAGGUUGCCAGGGAGCACAACAGUCCUGAGGUUGCCCUUCUGCUUACAAAGGCCCCACAGAUCUCACGCUUUAAUCGCGGCAGGAGCCUCAGGAAGAAGAGGGAGAGACUCAAAGAGGAAAGGCGAGCUCAAUCUGUACCAAGAGAUGAAGUGGUUCAAAGCAAGGGCAGUGCUUCACCAGCUGAUGACACUCACAGCAGUGAACAGGCCCCUCAAGGGAGACGUGACUUUAAAGAGGGAGCACAACUGCCUUUUUCAGAGCUCAAAGGAAGGAAGAAUAAAAAGAAGAAGCCAAGAGAAAAGGUAUCGGCACUCUCAGAUCCCACAUCACCAGCUGACCAGCAGAUGCCUUCUGGCCUGCAGCAGAACUUGCCAAAACACAGAAGUAAACGCCGUUGUGCAUCUCCUCCACCUCCCCAUGAAUUCAGGGCCUACCAGUUGUAUACACUUUACCGUGGAAAGAAUGGGAAAAUCAUGCAGGCACCAAUAAAUGGAUGCCGUUGUGAGCCACUGAUAAAUAAAGUAGAGAAUCAGCUGGCAGCUGCUGUGGAAGAAAUAAAAGCAGAGUUUGUGACAGUGCAGGAUAAGAUGAAUAGCAAACUAGGACAAAUGGAAAGCAAAACUCAACAUCAGCUCCGUGUUUUAGACAAAUUGAUGGCAGAGAGGCUGUCAGCGGAAAGAACAGAGUGCCUUCAACGUCUUCAGCAACAUGAUGAGCUGGAAAAAAAUGAAAGGGAGAAACGUCAGAUUUCAUUGGUGGGGGAACUGAAAGCUUGGUGCAUAUUGAAAAUUCAGAAUCUUGAGUUAAAGCUCUCUGGAGAUUCUAGAUCUUCAAGACCAAAAUCAACUUUAUCCACAUGCGAGUCACUCACUGAGACUUUGGAUACGGAGAAUCUGCAAAGUACAAAGGAUUGUAAAACUAGCCAGACUCCACCACAAUCAGAUGCUUCACACCAGCAUUCUAGCAUCACAUUUCAGAAUAGUCUCUCGGAAGAUACUGGAAGGAGUAGAGUGCCAACAACAGAUCAAAGCACUGGAAAGCAAUAUUCUGUUCAACAAGCCAACACAUCAGGAAUGGAGCAACAGUUAGCUGGUGGGGGCCCAGCCCCUUCAGCACCAUCUCCUCCAGUUGUUAGGCCUAAGGAUAAAGCGGGUCUCGGCAGACUGCAGCAGGAGUCUCUCCCAUCGGAAUACUCGGGUUCCAAAUUAAGGCACGUGAAGGUGCAAACUGCUUCACAGGGCCCUGCUGAAUUUACAAAGACGGAGUUGCAGAGCAGCUGCUUCUUAGACAAAGGAACUCAGACCAAGAAAUCCAGCCGAAGUGGUCAGGUGAAGCACAGACUCCCCCAGCACACAGCCCCUCCCGCUACACAGCAGCAGCAGCAGCAGCAGCCACUUGCUGUCCCUGGAGGAAAGGAGGCGAGCCCUCAGUUGACAGGCACUUCUCAAGCCCUGGAAAUCACGCAGUACUUCUUUGAGGCGGUUUCAGGUCAGAUGGAGAAGUGGUAUGAGAGGAAGAUUGAAGAAGCCCGGAGCCAAGCGGAUCAGAAAGCCCAGGAAGAUAAAGCAGCCCUCAGAGAGCAUAUCAAGAGCUUAGAAGAGGAACUUCAUAAGCUAAGGACUAAAGUGCAGAAGGAAACUUAGCAUAUCUACAUGCUUCUGAAAGAUACAUAGGAACCGAUACUUCAGCAAAACUGCUGUUAAGCUAUUUUUUUGAGCGGGGUGGGGGGGCCACAAGCUGCACCAUGCUUGUUGGCUUUGGGGUUUCCCCCCCCCCAGGGAAUAAUUUUGUUCAUGCUGUAAUUGGGCAGGUGUUGCAAGGGAAGCCAGAUCUCUCUCCUCAAAGUAGCAUGGUUCUUCUGUAAAACAGAAUCCGCCCCCCCCGCCACCCCCGGGGAAAUGUUUGUUUUAUCCCAGUAUAAUGUGCCAGUUGUGACAGUAAUUCUGCAUAGGUGGUAUGCCCUGUCAAUACCCAUAUGCUAUCCCUGGAGACAAGUGACACAAUUCCUGCCCCUCCCCCAAAUGCCUGUGCCAUUUUGUAAAUAUUUUCUAAUAUUUUAUUUUAUAUAUUUUUUUAAAAAAAAUAUUUUGAAGCUGAGCAUUCUCUUGUUGUACCAUUUAAGCUCAUGGGUGCUCCUAUGUCCUUUUAAAAAUAAAAGUGGUCACCACUA